UGUAGGGACGGGCUCACCUCCGAGUCCGACAGCGAGGAGUCCUCGGAAUCCGAGCAGUCAGACCCCGAGCUGUGCCGCUCCAUGCCGGACCGCUCCAUGCUGCCGCUCCUUCUACCGCCGCUUCCGGGCACACACAAGCGCACUGUCGUCACAUCCGUCAGCCUCGGAGCCGCGGUUGCUACGGGGACGGCGUUGGCGUCAUGGCGGAGCCGGAGGCGGCGGCGGAGGUGGAGCCGGUGGCCGUUUUCGGCUGCAGGCCCGGGGUGUCCGGCGGCCUGUGCUUCCUGGAGGAGCAUCUGGUGCUGCACGCGGCGGGGGCGGCCUGUGCGCUGUUCCACACCGAGCACAGAUGGCACAAGUUCAUCCCAGGCCGCGACAAGAGCCAGGGUGUGCGGGCGCUGGCCGUGAGCAGCAGCGGGCGGUACAUGGCCGUGUCCGAGACGGCGGAGGAGGAGCCCACCCUGACGGUGUACGAGAUGACGGCGGCGCCGCCGCGGCGGCGGAGAACAUUGACGGCCGCAGAGCUGCCGGUGAGAGAAGUGGCGGCCUUGGCCUUCUCCCCGGACGGCCGGCACCUGGUGGCUCUCACCGAACCUCCCGAGGCGCAUCUCGUCCUGUGGCUGUGGGAGAAGCAGCAGCUGCUGGCCGUGCUGCGCCUCGAGGACAAGGGCAGCGGCGUCUGCCAGGUGAGCUUUAGUCCUCAUGACAACACACAGAUUUGUUUGACUGGAAAUGGCUUUUUUAAACUCUAUAAAUACAGUGAAAGGACUUUGAAGCAGACAAAUCUACAAAAGGGAGAGCCACCGAACUACUUGUGCCAUGCCUGGCUGUCUGAGGGAGAAAUCGUAUGUGGCACUGCCACGGGCAAACUUUGCCUCUUUGAAACUGGAGAGCUGCUCUGGCAGAUAGAUGUAGGGUAUAGAAAACCACCCAAGGAACUACAAGAAGGCAAAAAAGAUGAUGAGAGCUAUUCUGAUGUCCCUAGUGAAUCGACCUCUGAAGACAGUGAUUCACUACAGGAUAUACCGCCUCAAAUAUCUGCAGUUGCAGCUUAUUCCAAAGGCUUUGCAUGUUCGACUAGCCCAGGGGUUGUUCUUAUGUUUGAGAAGACCAACGGUAACGGUGCCUACAAGGAGAGUCAAGAAAUCUGGCUUCCUCAGGACCUGUUCACCACUGUGCCAAAGCCAUUGAGGAGACAGGACAUUAUAUGUAUAUGCUUCAGCCCCUCUGAGAAAACAAUGGUUGCUAGCACAAAUAAAAAUCAGCUUUAUAUGUUUACUAUGCCCACCACAGAUUAUUUGAAGGAAGAAUCAAGUCACUUUGAGUAUCUACAUUUCCCAUUACAUUCUGCUGAAGUCACUGGUCUGGACACCUGUAUUCGGAGACCCAUUGUUGCUACUUGUUCCGUGGACAAAUCUGUUCGUGUCUGGAAUUACAAGACAAACACUUUGGAGCUGUAUAAGGAGUUCUGGGAGGAAGCAUACACAGUAGCACUUCACCCCACUGGCCUUUUCUGUUUGGUUGGGUUUUCUGACAAACUCCGAUUUAUAAGUCUGCUAUAUGAGGGCAUGAAUGUUUUCAAGGAUUUUCCCGUGAGAGAGUGUAAAGAGUGCUCAUUCAGUAACGGAGGCCAUCUUUUUGCUGCAGUUAAUGAAAAUGUGAUUCAAGUUUAUUCCUGUACCACCUUUGAGAAUGUUAAUAAUUUAAAAGGACAUAGCGGGAAGAUACGUGCAGUUAAAUGGAGCACAGAUGAUUCAAAAUGUUUCUCCUGUGACACGCACGGUGCUGUGUAUGAGUGGAACUUAUCAACAGGCAAAAGGGAGAUGGAGUGUGUGACCACAUCCUGUAUCUACAGCAGCAUUGCCCUGCAUUCUGAUUCCAAGCUCGUCUUUGCUGUUGGAUCAGACCAAACUCUCAAAGAAAUUUCCGAGUCUUCGGUCCAGCAUGAAGUGCCUGCUUUUGAUGCUGUUUAUACUGCAGUAGCUGUUUCUCAUUCUGGUGACAUGGUAUUUGUUGGUACAUCUCUGGGGACAGUACGAACUAUGAAGUACCCAUUAACUUUGGGCAGAGAGUUCAAUGAGUAUCAAGGCCACUCGAGUGCUAUUACAAAGAUGUCUGUAACAACUGACGACCUAUUUCUGCUGACCGCCUCAGAAGAUGGCUCUCUAUUCUUCUGGAAAAUAUAUAGUAAGAAAGGAAAGAUGAUGAAAAGAGAAAAGGAAUUUGAAUAUGCUGAGGAGGUGCUGAUCAUGAAAUCUGAUAUAGAAGAGAAGAGUCGGGCAAUGCUAGACCUGCAGAUUCGUGUGAGCGAGCUACAGACAGAAAACGAUUACCAGUUACGUCUCAAGGACAUAAGUUAUACUGAAAAAAUAAAGGAAUUAGAAGAGACUUUCACUCAGGAACUAGAAUCCCUUAAAAACAAACACCAGAAUUUACAGGCAGAGAAAGCCAAUGAGGAAACGCAACACCAGCUUCAGCUAUCUGAGCUGCUGAAUAAACAUGCCAAGGAGUUGAGAGACCUAGAAUCUGACAGUAACCAGAAACUGAUGAUGGAAAAUGAGAAAUACCAGGAGCUACAAGUAACCUCCCAGAGGAUGCAAGAGGAUUACGAGAAACAAAUGCACAAUUUGCAGGAAAGCAAAAAUAAGGCUCUGGAAGAGCUAACUGAUUAUUAUGAGGAGAAACUUAAUGAGAAAACUCUUCUGUUGGAGGAGGCAGAGGAGGAUAUGAGGAAACAGAUUGAAGAAGAUGAAGAUCGAGAAAUUCAGGAUAUCAAAAUUAAAUACGAGAGACAGCUUGUAGAAGAAAGGGAAUCAAAUAUGCAUCUAAGAGGAGAAGUUGGAGUCAUGAAUAAAAGGUUGAGCAGCCUACAGAAGGAGCUCAAAGAACGAAACAAUGACAUUGAGGACUUGAAAGUGGAACAGCAGAAUCUGCUUGGUGUAAUUAAGUCACUGGAGAAAGACAUCUCAAUGCUGAACUCAAAUAUUGAACAGAGAACUAAUACUAUUCAGGAAAAGGAGAAGGAUAUAUAUGACCUAAAAAAGAAAAACCAGGAAUUGGAAAAGUUCAAGUUUGUACUGGAUCACAGAAUAGAGCAGUUCAAAAAGCAAAUAGAAUCACUUGAAAAUGAUAUCAAAAUAAUGAAGGAGCAGAUCCAGGAGAUGGAGAGAGAACUGGAACAACUCCACAAGGAGAACACACAGCUGAAACUAAAUAUCGCACAAUUGCAGCAGAGACUAAAAGCAACCGAUAACGAGUUGCACAAAGAGAGGCGAAAGAAGCAAAACAUGGAAACUCUCAUCAAACGAUUUAAAAUGGAUCUUCACAAUUGCGUGGGCUUCAUUCAGGAUUAUAAAAAACUGAAGGCUGGGAUCCGUGAGCUCUACACCAAGUAUGUGCAGCAAUUGGAAACGGUAGAGAUGGAAGAAAUAGACACUGAUUUGCAGCAGGAGUACGUAAGACAACGAGAAUAUCUUGAGAGGAAUUUAGCAGCUCUAAAAAAGAGGCUGGCGAAGGAUCAGGAAACGCACCAAGCUGCUUACAUGCGCAUCAUGCAGGAAAAUGUGAGUCUGAUUAAGGAAAUUAAUGACUUGCGACAAGAACUGACAGUGGCUCAUGCCCAGGUUCAUGACCUCCAGUCAGCACUAAAAUUAACCAAGAAGAAGCAAGCAAUUCAAGACACGGCUCCCUCCAUUGAAGUGCUGCCAAGCCCAGCUGUGCUAAGGUUGAAUGAGCAGAAGGAAAAUGAGAAAAUCAUAGAAAUGCAACUGCUUGAAAUCCAACAUCUACGAGACCAAAUUCAAGAGAAGGGGCAAGGCCUGGAAGCUCAGCCUCUGUUCCACGGAAUGCUUCCUAAGCUGAGUCUGGAAAGAAGCCACAAGACACAUCAAAACUGACCUGGUUCAAGGACACCUUAUGUUAUUAUAUUCUCCUGGCAAACUCAGAAAUCCAUCAGCAUAGAUUAGACUUCCACUCUCACUAGAAGAAUUCCUGUAGCACUCACUGCUCAGAACACAAGACACCAGCCUUUCCUACUUCUUUCUUUCCUGCCCUUUCCAUGAGUACUGUCCUCUCAGUUAAGAACGCGUGUUCUGAAGUCUUUCUGCUGCCGGGGAGCCAAGAGAAAAAAAUAAAUAUAUUUGUGUUAGAGCAAGA